AUGAACAAGAAAAGGAAGGCCGGGAAAGAAAGGCGCCGUGACAGGUUGAGCCGUCUUCCGGAACCCAUUAUCCAUCACAUCCUUUCCUUCCUCGCCACGAGAUCCGCCGUUCAAACCUCGGUGUUGUCACGAUCAUGGAGGUCCGCCUGGAAACACGUCCCUGUUCUGGACUUCAGCCAGCACUCCUUCCAGCGUUACUCGAGCUUCCACCGGUACGUGGGGAAUGUUCUGUCCCUUCGCUAUCCCCUCAAUCUGCGCAAGGUGAAGUUUGCAGACGGUGAGCGGAGGUCCGAUGGCAGGGACGAUUCUCUGGUGAUUAGGGUAAUCCAAUACGCCUUGUCCCACGAUGCUCGGCAUCUGGUGAUUGACAAUGCGAAUGACGUUAUAUCCCCUGACAUUUACAGGUUCUCUGAUUUGUUUGGCUCGGCCACCUCCUCCUCGAAUUGCAAUCUCGAAACCCUAGAAUUGGAAGGUUUUGAGAUUGAUAGCGGGUUUGGGUCUCCUGGGUUUCGGAUGCUGACUAGUUUGGAUUUGUGGACUUGUCUGGUGGCUUGCGGUGAAGAAGAGGUUCUUGAACCUUUCUCCAACUUUCCUUGUCUCAAGCAUUUGAGCCUCCGUGAUUUGCUCGGCGAUUUCCUCUUCCCUGAGAUUAAUGAUCAUCCCGGUCUUAUGAAGAUACACGGGCUCGAGUUGCUUAGUCUGAAACUGCACACUGUGAAGUUUUACCGCAUCGAAAUAGAUGCCCCGAAGCUCAAAUUCUUCGGUAUCUGGGACGACGUUGAAUGGUUGUAUUACUCCAAUUUGAGCCUUCCUUCUCUUGAUCAUGCUGAUAUCGGUCUCCAUGGGAAAUUGCGUUUCGACGAGGAGGACAAGGAAUGCGUAGCGCUGCAGUUGAUCAACCUGUUCCGGGGUUUGCAGAAUGCGAAAUCUCUGAACCUGUAUAGAGACACCACCAUUCCGGUAACAACCCUUGUGACUGCUUCUUGCAUACAUAAAUGA